CUCUCCACUUGUGUUCAACCAACCGUAAGCCCCGAAACCCCCUGUCUUGCUCACUCGAAAACCAGAGUACUCCUCCUGCCACUGCACCGCCAGUUUGCCACCACUGCGCCACUUCGCCCGUCGCCGCUGCACCGCCAGAAACUCCGUCACCACUGUCCACUGCAGCACUAAGCAGUGCUUGAAAUCAUGCUAAUAAGUGGUGGUGUCUCAUGGGAAACAACAACUUUACCAUUAGUCCUCCUAUAUGGCGCCACUAAAAAUGGCGUCAUCUCUCGUAGAUUUCUGGAUGUGCAAUCCAUGCCAUUUAACACUCCCCACAAGUGCACCCUUACACUAUCUCAAAGUUUCAUUUAAGCAGUCGUCUAAACUGGGGAUUUAACAACAUUGGCGUAUCAUAUGUAGGUUUCAAGUCCCGAACUCGAGACAAGAUGCCCUAGAGUCUAAAGAAAUUUUUCAUCUGCUUAAGCUCCAUCAAGGCCUAGAGUCAUGCUCGACUAUAGAGAAGCUGAAGCAAUAUCAUUCACAGAUCAUCAAACUUGGUCUUUCAUGCGAUAACGAUGCGAUGGGUAGAGUCAUCAAAUUCUGUGCCAUCUCAACAAACGGUGAUUUGGGUUAUGCUCUCAAGGCGUUUAGCCGCUUGCCACAACCGGACACAUUCAUUUACAACACCGUUUUUAGGGGUUACUUGCAACUUCAGCUCCCCAAAGAGUGCAUAUCGUUGUACUUACAGAUGCUACACGCUUCCGUCGCACCUAAUAAGUUUACAUUUCCUCCGGUCAUCAAAGCUUGCGCUUUCGACAAUGCCGUUGAACUAGGCCAGCAAGUUCAUGCUCAGAUUUUGAAAUUCGGGUACCGUUCGGACGGUUUUUCUCAAAACAGUUUGAUUCAUAUGUAUGUAAGUUUUAAGCGUUUAGAGGAAGCAAGGAGGGUUUUUGACAUGAUGCCGCAACGAGACGAUGUAUCUUGGACAAUUUUAAUUAGCGGUUAUUGUCAGUCGGGGUUCGUUGAUGAUGCAUGUAAACUGUUCGAUUUAAUGCCUGAGAAGAACCCUGCUUCUUGGAAUGCAAUGAUUGCAGCGUAUGUCCAAAGCGACAGUUUCCAUGAAGCGUUUCUACUGUUCGAUAAAAUGCGGCGAUCCAGUCGGUUUAAGUUGGACAAAUUUGUAGCGGCUAGCAUGUUGUCGGCUUGUACGAGGCUCGGAGCGUUAAAACAAGGGGAGUGGAUACACGAUAACGUCAAGAAAAGCGGGAUAGAAGUGGAUUCAAAACUCGCGACAACCAUCAUUGAUAUGUACUGCAAAUGCGGGUCCCUUGAAAUGGCGGUUAAAACGUUUAACGAGUUACCGACUAAAGGGAUCUCCACGUGGAAUUGCAUGAUCGGUGGAUUCGCAAUGCACGGUAAGGGCGAGGAGGCCGUUAAGCUUUUUGAGAAGAUGGAAAACGAGUCGAUGAUACCUCCAGAUUACGUUACGUUUGUGAACUUACUUACCGCGUGUGCUCAUUCAGGGUUGGUUCAAGAAGGUCGUCGCUAUUUCCGACACAUGGUCGAAGUUCAUAACAUUUCACCGGGAAUGGAGCAUUACGGAUGCAUGGUGGACCUAUUUGGGCGGGCCGGACUGUUAAACGAAGCAAUGAAGCUCGUAAACGAGAUGCCGAUGGAUCCGGACGUCGGUGUAAUGGGUGCACUUGCCGGAGCGUGUAAGAUACAUGGAAACAUCGAGUUGGGAGAGAAAAUCGGAAAAAAGGUUAUAGAAUUGGACCCUCAUAAUAGCGGGCGAUAUGUAUUAUUAGCUAACAUAUACGCGACUGCCAAUAAAUGGGAAGACGUUGCGAACAUCAGGAAGUUAAUGAACAACAGAGGAGUGAAGAAAUCGCGGGGGUUUUCGCUAAUUGAAACUGACGGUACGGUUAGUGAGUUUAUCGCAGGGGGGAGAAGUCAUCUGGAUUCUGAAGAGAUAUAUGCGAAAGUAAAAGAAAUGUUGGCGUGCAUUCGAUCUAUUGGAUACGUGCCUAAAGCCGAGAGUGUUGUGCAUGAUAUAACUGAAGAAGAGGAGAUAGAGAAAGCAUUGUUUUACCAUAGUGAGAAACUAGCGAUUGCGUUCGGUUUGUUGAAAACGAAAGCAGGGGAAACUUUGAGGAUUACGAAAAACUUGAGAGUGUGUAAAGAUUGUCAUGAGGCGAGUAAACUUAUUUCGAAGUUUUUUGAUCGGGAAAUAAUCGUGAGAGAUAGAAAUCGGUUUCAUUGUUUUAAACAUGGUGUGUGUUCCUGUAACGACUACUGGUAAGAUGUUUAGCCGUCGAUAAUGCAUGUUUUGAGAAACGGACAGGUUAUCGAA